AUGUCAAAACGGAAGGAUAUUGCAGAAGACCCUGGCGCUGCAGAGCUUGCUAAGGAACUAGACGGCCUGCCUCUUGCUCUCUCCACGGCAGGUGCAUACCUGGAGCACGUGUCGAUAACUUUGUCGGAGUAUCUACAACUCUAUAAGACAUCGUGGCUGAAGCUGCAGACGACAAGUCCCCUAUUGAAUUCCUAUGAAGAUCACAACAAAUGGAUACAGGAGCUCAUAGAGGACGAACUAAACUUCAAUGCGGCCGUUACUCUACUAUGUAGCUUCGGAUUGGUUGAACCAGACAGGUCUUCUCAGCAGCAGGUUGGGGCUAGAGGGUAUAGUGUGCAUAGUUGUGUCCAUUCAUGGAUAGUGUUUGUGCUUAACAAGGAGUGGAACAAGAGCCUUGCACGUCUGGCCUUGACCUGUGUGGCCUCGGAGGUUCCUAAUACAAAUGAGAAGCACUGGUGGCUUCUACAGCAGCGGCUCCUUCAACACGCAACACGACAGGCCUUAUUUAUAGCAGACGCCAAGGUAGAUGUAGACGGACUAUAUUGGGGUUUUCACAAUCUAGGUGAUCUUUACUCUGACCAAGGCAAGCUGGCAGAGGCAGAGGCGAUGUAUCUUCGAGCGCUAGAAGGCAAGGAGAAGGCACUUGGACUGGACCACACAUCAACACUCUUAACGGUCAACAACCUAGGCAAACUCUACUCUAACCAAGGCAAGCUGGCAGAGGCAGAGGCGAUGUAUCUUCGAGCGCUAGAAGGCUAUGAGAACGCUCUUGGCCUUGAACUUGUCUCGUUUUAUUUACCAGCGUUGAACACCAUGUUCGCUUUUGGUGACCUCUUCUCGCAAACCGACCAAAAAGACCUGGCAAAAGCAAUGUACAAUCGAGCAUUGUCUGGAUAUACAGCCGUCCAAGGACCCUCUUCGAACUGGUGUAGGGAACUUGAAGAUCGGCUUCGAGCAUUGCAAGUUAUGUCUGCGGAGUCGAAAGUAAGCCAGAAUGAUUUUACGAAGCCUAAAGCUACAAAGUCGAGUUCUCUAAAGCAAAAACUCCGCAAUUUGAGAAGGCGGCUAAAUACUAAAUAA